UUUAAAAUAAUUUAUUACAUAAAGUCUGGUUCCAUUUUUGUGAAAGAGAAUUAAAAAUUACACUCGAUUACAUUAAGCGUCAAUUUAUGCUUCACGGUUGUUUUUGGGUCAAACAAUAUCUACCCCAAAAAACCGUUUAAUCUUUCUCACUUUUUUUUCUCAUAUUAAGCUAAUAUAUUUUGAAAACAAUCAGAAAUGAAAAAGUCAACAAUUUCAAGAAUUUCUUUUCACAAAGGAAUAACAAAAUCUACUUCUAAAAUCAUCAAUAUAAACAAAGACGACAAAGAUGACAUUUCAAGCCUUGCAACAACAAGUUCAUCUUCAUCUGCAACAAUUCCUAAAUCAACUACUAGAUACUCUAAAGAGCUCGCUUUAGCUUUGCAGCGAAGAAAAGACAUUCAGGUAAUCGAUAACAAUAAAAAUGUUACCCCAAAGCCUAUUGAAUCUGAGAAAAGCAAAAAAGAUUUUCAAGAACUUCAACAACAAGCUGACGAAUUCUUUAAAACAAUUGACAAAAAGCCUGAAUUUGUUGAUAUCACUCUGAAGCGAACCAGUUUAGGUGGAGCCUUAAGGGUUUCCAUGAACGAUAUUGUUCAUGGAAUAUCCCAAGGCCUUUUUAUACUCUAUGAGCAGUCAACACAGUCAACCUCAACGCAGUCAAAAGAAGUUGAAGGACUUGGUCAGAAGGAACAGAAAUUUUCACCCUUCAUCAAAAUCUAUUUGAGACAGACGAAAGAUAUUUUACUCUUCGAACAACGUAGCACAACAGUUCCAUUUGGAACUGAAGACGCUGAACGAGUUGAUAAAGAAAACAAAGCCUACGACUAUGUUACCAAAGGCAAAGGUCGACUUAGACGCAAAGCUGAUUCGGAAGCACAAACAACCAACGUUCUUUAUAAGUCAAGAGAUGCCAAUACCGAUACUAUACGAAAAAUUAAUGCUGCAUCGUAUGUGUCGAACUUUGACAUGUUCGACACAUACGAGCAGCUCCAACCGGUCAAAUCUAGCCUCAAGAUGGAUGAUUCGAAGACACUUGACGUAAUGACUUAUAAAGUGGGUGGCAUUGAUCCGUGUGAUCAGAUAGGUCGCUUGGCACAAUUUGAUAUAGCCCAGAUGGUGACUCAGCGCAUCCUUGCAGGCAAUGUCUUCAAGGAGCAACAGCGCCGUUUCCGGAAUAUGUUUAUGCCCGAUCCGUUGUCAAUGGAAGUUGAAUAUUUGUACAGGACCGAUGUUCUCUGGGUGUUAUGGGCAAAAUCUGAGGACAAGGAACGUCAUGCAGUAAGCUGCAUGAGUUGGUGUCCGUCAAAUGGAGACAUAUUAGCUGUUGGUUAUGGUGUCUACACAUGUGCCCCAAAUUAUUCACCGAAACGAGGCUACGUUUGCAUUUGGAGUAUAAAAAAUCCUGUCAACCCGGAGAAGUUAUUCGAAUACAAUUCUUCUGUAGUCUCGGUUGAGUUUUCACCAUAUAGACCCCAAUUACUGGCAAUUGGGCUUUAUGAUGGAAGUGUUGAAGUUCGGGAUAUAACUACCGAACGUGAUUGCACUGUAGCCAUUUCACAAAGAGAAACCUCUCCAGGAUAUGAACCAGUGACUGACAUUAAAUGGAUUCCAUUGGAUGCCGGGGAAACUGCCAAUAUAGAGCCUUUUCUCACAGUUUCUCAAGAUGCCAGUGUGAUGAAAUACCGAGUUAUAAAUAGUCCGUAUUUGCUUGGCUACUGUCAUGCAGUUCUAAAUCGAGUCGAAGGCUCUCCAGAAGGACUUCCAGUGCAGCGCCCUUGGAACACUUUAGAAGCUGUUCGACAUACACAAUGCUUGGGCAUUACUUUAGAUCCAAUAGCAGAGGAUAUAUUUUAUGUAAUCUCAAAUGAGGGGGUUAUAUACAAAUGCUCAACAAACUAUCCACAACAACAUUUGAGCCUAUGGCAAACACACGAAGGAGCUGUGUAUUCUAUGGAAUUCUCUCCAUGGUCUCCAAAGUUAUUUCUGACUUGUGGAGAUGAUUGGUGCAUUCGAAUAUGGAUUGAUGGAAUAUUCAAACCCCUCAUAACAUUGACUAGCAAAUUAAGUCCUAUAAACUGCGCCUGCUGGAGUAAGACACAUUCCACGGUGAUUGUAUCGAUAAAUAGAAAGACAGUGGAUGUUUGGGAUAUCAGGCGUAGUACUUUGAAGCCAAUGUCAUCAAAAAGAUUAGAAAGAUCUUAUCUAACAAUGACCAAGUUUUCCAAUUGCGGUCGUUCAAUUGCAGUGGGAAAUGAACGAGGUGCUGUUUACGUGUGUGCCUUAGAAGAUAUGCCAUUCCCACCACAUUUUCAAUACGAAGAACUUGAAACUGCUAUUUUUAAGGCAUUAAUGCCAUAUCCGGAAAUUGUUACUGAGCUCAAGAGUUUGGGAUAUUUUGGUUAUCCGAAAAAGAAGAGAACUGAUUAAAUAAGUAUUUUCUGAAUUUUGUAUUAC